AUCUUUGCUUUGCUUUAUUAUUAAUACCGAAAAAAUAACUUUCGGUCAAGGUAUUUAAGGCCAUUUAACUGUCGGUGGCAACAAGUUCCCGUCUCCAUUACUCACAGUAACAAGAAGACUUUUAGGAAAACUAUGGAGUCUACAAAGUCUGCCGAACCAAGCGCUAUAACAUCGCAGCCAGGAGCAACAAAUCCACCAGCAGCACCGGGAGCUGAGGAGGGCCUGAUACACAUCCGCAACAUGGAGGCACAAGACAUCGACUUGGUCGCUCCAAUACUCGUAGAGGCUUUUCACGAUAAAGUUGAACACGUCGUUGGAAAGAGCGGAAUGGAGGACAUGGCCCGUUUAACUGCCAGCGCCCUCACCAGGUCCCCGUACAGUUGGCACAGGUAUUACGUGGCCAUGUACGAUGGCAAGCUAGCGGGCAUACUGGUCAUCAAAUUCCAUGACAGCACUCCCGAAGAUUUUGGAACUUGUGACGCGUGUUCACAUAUCGGGUGCUGGGGUUCAUGUCGAAUGAUGUUGCUGGGCUUGGCUUUGACGAACUCUCAGAUCGGCGCGACGCAGUGCUACGUGGACACCGUGGGAGUGGACGCAGCGUUCCGAGGGAAGGGCAUCGGCACGGCGCUACUGGACAGGGCCGACGCUGAGGCAAGGCAGCGCGGAUGCACGACCACGUUCCUGUGGGUGACGCAGCAUAACCGGGCGGUCCGGCUGUACGAGCGACACGGUUACGUCGUCACACAUCCUUUCGGCAACUGCUUCACGCAGUGCGCUGUGGGAACUAGAGACUGGUACAACAUGGAGAAACAACUGUAACGCCCAGGUCAUGACGUCACAUCUCUCAGCAACAACAUCUCUGAGGUUGCCUUACCCAGGGGCACAAGAUCAGUGGCAUGUCAGGACUCGAACCCAGGACCUCUCGAUUCCAAGUCGAGCACUCUGUCGCUACGCCACACUACCCAAGUUUCCGUAUGGUUACAGAGAUGUGAUGGUCCCAAUUGUGACACUGGAAGCUGGAAGAUUAUACUAUUUCUUCUUUCUUUGAUCUCCCAUGUACCUUAAGACCAGCUUGUGUGCUUCAAGAUUCUCAAUGUUAAAGUUCCUGUUCCAACAUUAUUAUGCUUUAUUCGUGACACCAAAAAGGAAAUCUUACAGCAGGAAUAAAACUCCCUAAAUCAUAAAAGAGUUUGCGUACAAAAUUACAACGGACAAGACAGGUAAUAUAUACAUCCCUCAUGAUAUAUUAUAUGAUAUAUUAUUUUGUACCAAUCAAAUAUGAUUUAUUCUUUCAUUUUUUAUAAUCAUACAGAUUAUGUUCAACUAUUUUACCAUCUGUUUUGUACAUAUUUUAUAUAUUGUUGACUUUGGAGCAUUUUUUAAUGUUGUGUCAUUCUUCAUGUAACAUAAAGUUGUCUUUGUAGAAGUAGA